AUGGAUGUGAGUGUGUUAUACAGCGAGAACACCAGCGUACACAUGAACGACAGCAGAAACAUCACACUCUUACCAUACUAUCAGCACUCUCUGCCGGUGGCCACACUCUUCAUCCUGGCCUACGUGCUGAUCUUCUCGCUGUGCAUGCUGGGAAAUACGCUGGUGUGCUUCAUCGUGCUGAAGAACCGGCAGAUGCGCACCGUCACCAACAUCUUCAUCCUCAACCUGGCUAUCAGCGACCUGCUGGUGGGGAUCCUGUGUCUGCCCAUCACUCUGGUGGACAGCCUGAUCACAGGCUGGCCGUUUGAUGCAGUGGUGUGUAAAAUGAGUGGUCUCGUCCAGGGAGCGUCGGUCUCUGCAUCUGUCUUCACACUGGUGGUGAUCGCAGUGGAAAGGUUUCGCUGCAUCGUGUACCCGUUCCAGCAGAAGCUGACGCGGCGCCAGGCCAUCAUCACCAUCGCCUUCAUCUGGGCUCUAGCCAUCGCCAUCAUGUGCCCGUCUGCCGUCACGCUGACCGUCUCGCAGGAUGUCCUGCACUUCAUGGUGGACCGAGACAACAUCACAUACCCGCUGUUCACCUGCUGGGAGGCCUGGCCCGACCAGAGCAUGAGGAAGAUCUACACCACGGUGCUCUUCUCACACAUAUACCUGGCUCCGGUCACGCUCAUCGCCAUCAUGUACACCCGCAUCGCCCUCAAGCUGGUCCGAUCGCCCGCAUCCAUUCGGGACGCCCAGGCGGAGGACGAGAGCCGCAGGGUUUUCCGCAGAAAGCUGCGCGUGGUUAACAUGCUCCUGAUGGUGGCGCUGUUGUUCACCGUCUCCUGGCUGCCGCUCUGGAUCCUCAUGAUGCUGACGGAUUACGGAAACCUGACGGAGGCUCAGUUGGAUUUCGUGGCUGUUUACGUGUUCCCGUUCGCCCAUUGGCUGGCCUUCUUCAACAGCAGCGUCAAUCCUAUCGUUUAUGGGUAUUUUAAUGAGAAUUUCCGGCGGGGGUUUCAGGCGGCGUUUAAGAUGGGGAUGUGUUUAGUGGAGCCGCCGCAGCCCAGACGCAACGGCACGUGGAAACACAACCGUGUGUUUGUGGAUAGAGAUGCUCAGGGGAACGACCGGAGAGAUUUCUGUAAUGGAGAACAGCACGAUGAGCUGGUGCUGGAGGAUCUGGACUGAUGUGCAUGUGGAGAGACGCUUUCGA